AUGGACACCAUUGAAAUGAACAGGCUUCACAAAGGCGUUUUGAAUGCGCAUGAUCUUACCAAUAAGACUUCUGGACGAGUUUAUGACAUUGCAGACGGCUUAUUGCCGCUUCCUGGAACCCAAAGUCGGGCUCGCCAACCUUUGAAGGAAGCGCUUGAAGAGCUAUUCUUCAACAUCACAGUCUCGAUCAUGAGUUCUGAUACUCUGCAAUACAACUCGUCAAACCCCUUCGCCCCAGGUCCAGUAAAUGUCACAUUUGCACAAUACGGUAACAUAUACGUCUAUGAACCCUCAAAACUCUGGAUUCCGUAUGGACUCGCUAUAGGGCUGUCGAUUCUGAACGCCAUCUGCGGAUUUUGGGCAAUCUUCGAUACCGGAGCAUCCUUCGUAGCAGAUUUCUCUACUUUGGCCAGACUUAUCAAGAAUGCAGAAAUUGAUACGGAAAUGAGGGAGGAUGUGACACCUGGGAAAGAUCCGCUGCCGAGAAGAAUUGGGGAGGCGAAGUUUCGACUACACUCGAAUAAGGCGAGGAGAAAAGAUGAUGUUGACAUUGCUCCACCCAGCUACACGGAGUUCAGAAAUAAUUCUAGGAUGUGA